AUGCUAUUCAGGGUCAUCGGUAUCCUCUCCUCGGAUGCUUAUGCCCGCGCCGAUGGCUGCUGCCGGAACAUGACAACGUCGGGCUCACGCACCCUUGCCUGUUUUCCGAUCCACGGCGGCUACGCUUCCUCGCCCGUUUCUGCCACGCAAAGCAAGAACGAGAUGGCGAACAGGGCAACUAGGCUGCUCUUCCUAGCAGCAGUCUUGUCAGGAGCCAUCGCCGCCUCCGACUCCACCGUCCAAUCCGCCACCACCAUCUCAGCCAACCCCGAACCCCCAAGCCAGCCUCCGUCGCCCCAGAACCCGGAGCCAAGUCCGGUGCCGAACCCGCCGCAACAACAACCUGGAGGAGGCGGUAACCCCGGACAGCCAGCCGAGCAGCCCUCGCCAAUCACGAACGACCCAAGCACAGGCAAUGGCAACGUGAGGGGAGAUAAUCCAGGUUUGAGCGCCGGCAAAGAUUCCAAUACGCCACCAGCGGCCUAUCCUACAGGAGGAAACCGGUGGCCCGGCGGUAGCUCUUCGGACACAGACGGUUCCAGGAACGGUUCUGAUAAGAACGGUGACAACAACAACAAUAACAACAACAACAACAACGAUAAUACGGACAACGGAGACGACGACAUGAAUAACAACAACACUAACGGGACCAACGGAGGGACGUCAGGAUCCGGAUUCUCUACCAACCGCACGCUCAUCAUUACGCUUAGCACGGUGCUCUCGGUGAUUGCCUUCCUAAUCGUCCUAGGCACAAUCAUAGUGUGCUACCGACUCAAAAGGGGAAGGUUGCCGUUCCUGGCUCGAGGGAUCUCGCCCAUUGACGAUGAGGAGAUUGAGUCUUGGAAAAAGAGUGCCGCUCACGAGAAAUACACGCGGCCACCGACGGCUACGGUCACCCGCCCUUCUUCUUCCGCGGUAUCCAUCAAGAAACCGCCGAGCGUGAUAGUAUACCAGAAUGCGGCAGGUGGGACCGAAGCACCAGAGCUUUCACCCCGCUCGUUCCACACCGCCAAAAAGAGCAUCGACAUUCCUCAAGCAGCCGUGUUUGCCAGGGCCCCGAACUCGCGGCCAGGACUUACAGACGAUGCCGUGGAGGGCGAUGAGGCCUUCAUCCCUACACCCAGGCGACAUCACUCGAGACUGUCCAAGUCUCACAGGCAUGUGCGGUCACGGAGCAGGUCAUCUCCUCGUGCGAGCAACGAGUACGCGCACUACUACCCGCGGACGUCCCACUCAUACGACCGCAAGCACUCGCGCAUCUACAGCGAUUCCUCGAACCCACCCAGGUCAUCGUUUGAUGACGAAUACUUUAUGGGAGCCAUGUCUCCUCGCCCGCUUCUACCCAAGCCCGGCCCCACCCCCGAGUGUGAGAUUGGGCGGGCCAUCGGCUGA